AUGGCUCGCGACAUAGUCAAAGCGGCCAAGUCGGCAUCAAAUGUGAUAGCUGUUCACAAGAAAUACACUGUUCAGUCGACUGGCGUAUGGGAGCGUAUCCGUCGCCUUCUGUCCAUUGAUCCUAGUCGCUCUACCGGCGUUCCAUUGAACUCCCAAUUCCGCCUGCCGGCUCCAGGAUCUCUUCCACCUCUGUCCUAUGACGACCCUAUCACAGUUCCAGCGGGUGACAUCGCCGAUAACCCUUACUGGAAGCGCGAUGCUCGGAGAAACUAUCCUAGACUCAGUACGGUGAAUCAGGCCGACGUUGUUGGUCUUCUUACCGUAGGCAGUGAGGCAGCACCAAAGGAAGUUUUGAAGCUUGGUGAAGCGGGUGAAAGACAAUUGGUAUCGGUCAAGCAACAAGGAGAGGAGCGCGGCCUUGCCGGGUUUUUCGAGAAAGACAAGGAGGGGGCUAGCGGUGUCCUGAAUGCAAAUGGUUUGCCACCCUUGCCUUGCAGCUUGAAUUCUUCAGCUUCCAAAUACCAGCUGGAUCAUCAACAUGGCUAUCCUGGCGUGUAUCCCUGUCGCACUUUUAUCUGA